GUGUGCUCUUUUGCGGCUGCUGCUACUGCAGCAGUAGCGCAGCAGCAAGAGCGGCUCAGGUUGAUUUAGAAUACGGAUGACAGUGGCCUGGCGCGAGCCCACGACUGACGAAAGCUGCUUAUCCCGCUCGGUUUCCAUGGAGACGAGCAGGAGCAGCGGCGGCAGCGGCAGCAGCAGCGAGGCUGUCAGGGAGCUCGGCUGCGAUCGCGCGUCCCCGUCCGCGGGGGUCUGCAGGAGGAAGGAGGAGGCCGGGGCUGGGACCCUCGCGGCAGACAUGGACUUGCAUUGUGAUUGUGCCGCUGAAACGCCGGCCGCCGAGCAGCCGUCGGGGAAGAUUAAUAAAGCUGCUUUCAAAUUAUUCAAGAAGAGGAAAUCGGGUGGCACCAUGCCCAGCAUUUUUGGGGUCAAAAACAAAGGGGAUGGGAAAAGCUCAGGUCCGACGGGGAUGGUGAGGAGCAGGACCCACGACGGAUUAGCCGAGGUGGUGGUGCUGGAGGGCAGCAAAAAGGAGGAGCCGCGCGCCGGGGGCGACAGUGGCGGGGGCCGUGGCGGCGGUCGGCCGAACCCCGGGCCCCCCAGAGCCGCGGGGACCGGCGUGGGCUCCCUAGCCAACAGCUCGGUGGCUAAGUCUCACAGCUUCUUCUCCCUUUUGAAAAAGAACGGGAGAUCGGAAAACGGCAAAGGAGACCCUGCAGAGGCGAGCAAGGCUGGCGGCAAACAAAAGAGGGGGCUGAAAGGGAUCUUCAGCAGCAUGCGCUGGCACAAGAAGGACAAACGCGGCAAGGAGGAGGAGAAGGAGGCGCACGCGGCCGGCCAGGGCAGCCUCAUUUUGCCGGGCUCGCUCACCGCCAGCCUGGAGUGCGUCAAGGAGGAAACGCCCAGAGCCGCGUGCGAGCCGGAGACCCCCAGCCAGGACGCCCCUCGAGACCCAGCAGGUGAGCUCGGAGGGGGAGAGGAGGUGCCGGCCUCCGCCGAUCGCGCCCCAGCGCGGACCUGCUGCGAGGCCGAGAGCCCCGGGGGCCCUAACGACAAAAGCGCCCGGGGAGAGGACGCCGCGGGGCAGCGGCGCGCCGAGAAGCCCCGGGCACCCCCUGAGUCGGGAGCUGGUGAGGUCCACACUGCCGAGGAUGCUUCCAGGACAGGUGACGUUCCGAUAAAGACGGUCCCCCUGGUCGACUCUGAAGGUGGCAGCGGCCGGGCGUCUGCCGUCCCUGACCCUUCCUCUGUCGAUCCACCCUCAGACCCAUCGGCAGAUCGUAUUUGUUUGAUGUUUUCUGACGUGACUUCACUGAAAAGCUUUGACUCUCUUACAGGCUGUGGAGAUAUUAUUGCAGACCCAGAGGAAGAGGCAGGUCCCAGCUGUGACAAGCAUGCCCCCGGGCCAGGCAAGCCAGUCCUCUCUAAAAAGAACCCCAGCGUGGUGGCCUACCAAGGAGGAGGGGAAGAGAUGGCCAGCCCGGAUGAGGUGGACGACACCUAUCUCCAGGAAUUCUGGGACAUGCUCUCCCAGACUGAGGAACAAGGACCAGGGCCCCAAGAGGGAGCGGCUAAGGCGGCAGCUGCACUGGAGACCAAAGUGGUGCCAGAGACCUCCAAAGAUGCCAGGAGUGGAGAAGCGUCCAAGGACGUGUCCUUGGUCAAGCGCAGGAGGCUCAACAGGAUCCCCAUUGAGUCCCAUCCGAAGGAACAGCCCAAACACCCGGAGAAAGAGAAGGAGCAACCAGAAGGCGUCCCCAACAGUGACGAGGGCUACUGGGACUCGACCACUCCGGGUCCAGAGGAAGAAAGCGCCAGCAGUGGUAAAAAGGCUGGCAUCCCCCGGGAUAGCUACAGUGGGGAUGCGCUCUAUGAUCUCUAUGCUGACCCGGAUGGAAGCCCAGCAGUCCCUCCUGCCAACGAGGAGACGUCUUGCUUGUCCCGGUUAAAGCCUGUGUCUCCAGGAACCAUCACCUGUCCACUGCGAACACCAGGCAGUUUACUGAAGGACUCCAAAAUCCCUAUUAGCAUCAAGCAUCUCACGAACCUUCCAUCCAGCCAUCCAGUUGUGCACCAGCAACCAACCAGGAGUGAGAUGCCCAGAACAAAAAUUCCCGUCUCCAAAGUGCUGGUUCGCAGGGUCAGCAACCGGGGCUUGGCUGGAACCACCAUCCGGGCAGCGGCUUGCCACGAUAGUGCCAAAAAGUUGUGAGGUCUCCGAUGCCAAGGUGGAUGGGCCACAUAUCAAGGAAUACAACUUUCCCCCUGGAAACCAUUAAAGGAUAUUUGCUUCCCCUAAAGAAAGUCAUUUAGUGCAGCCCCCUUCUCUGGAGCCUGGACCUAUUAGGUCUUUGUGCUGGGAACAGGGGCAGGAUACAGCCGAGAGGGAGAUGCUACACCUGGAAUUCUCCUCUCAAGAUAAGUCCCUGAGAAUUAUUUUCAAGUACUUUUUUCUUUUUUUUUUUUUUUACCUUUAAAAAAUAUUUUUUUGUUCCUUUUUCUUUAAUACACUGAACCCUUGGAAGUCACCUUUACUUGCCUUUGCAGAAAACAAGACUUAACCAAACCUAAGUUAGCUCAUGCCAGGAUAUUGGGCUGUGCUAGAGUCAGAGGGCCUGGAGGAGUCAACUGCAGACCAGAGGACACUUCCCUUUCUUUCUUUCCGUUUCCUUUCCAGAGGUGGGUGGGGGGAAGACCCUUUUCUGUAUCACUGUGUGGAAAACAUCUAACAAAGCUGAAAGAACCAGGGAGUUACCCGAUCAAAAGGGAUUUUGGUUGACAGAAAACUUCCCUACUUUCGUUGGCUAGGUGUGCCAAUAGGUAUAUAUUUAUCACUUGGAAAAUAAAGAAAAGUUUUGGUUUGGUUGGUUUAGAUCAUUUGGGGAGAAAUAAAAGGCUUACAGAGUAGUUUUUCACUUUUUGUUUGUUUGUUUGGGGGGAUCACCUGCCCCUAUCUACCCAGUACAAAAAUCCAGAUCAGGGAAAGAUUUCACUAAAUGCCAAUAGAUACAGUAUUUUAGCAUUUAAAAUUUAACCUUCUCAUGUAGAUAAUGCAUAUUUUACAGCUCAUCCCACUGUUAAUAUUUUGUAAUCUGUCAAUACCCUGGAAUUUAAAAUCUGGUCUUAUAGCUGGAUAUGAUGACUAUCCCCAAACCAUUAGGUUCUUUUAUGUACUGUAACCUGAAACAGAGCUGGUUUUGGUUUAUAAGGGCUCUCUGGUCCUCAAAAAAGAUCUAUUGUGUUGGUGUCCCAGAAGAAUGGUUUUACCUUGUCUUGAUUAAGAGUCCAUUUGUUUUUCACCUCAAACCCUUGUUUUCAAAGAUUUUAUCUUAGUUAUAAAAUUUUAAACCCAACAUUUCAUCAAUGUUGGUGAGUCCAAAAUGAAGGACACAACAAAAAACCAUAGAAAGUAGUGUUUCCUGCCAUCUGACUUUUGCUUUAUAGAUCAUGGCUGAGACAGGUGUGUUUGGAGUGAAAUUGGCAAGCUUAUGCAUCAUAAACACAUUAUUCUAAGAUUUUUUUUGAGAAGCAGUUUAAUUAUAUGUAUGUUUUCUAUCUAAUAUUUCAGCCAAGACUUUUAUUCCAGAAAGGAUUAUUACAUGCCUGGUAGUUUGAAAGAUAAAGUGAAGCAGUUCCUAGAAUGCUAUUAGUGUCUAGUGACUAAAUUAAUAUCAUUUUGAAAUGUGCUUCAGUGUAUUCAAUCAAAAGGCCAGAGCUCCUUGUAGAGGUGAUUCAUCAUAUCAGGAGGAUUAUACAUAUGCAAGUGAAAACCCACAAUGUAAAUGACAUGAAUGCUUCUAUAACUCUCAUUUACCAGAGAUUACUAAGUAGUGGACUGUUAUUUUGUUUUUAAAUUUGUUUUCUGUUUUGUGAAAAAAGAAGACAAGUUAAAUAUAUGAAAACCUAUUUUGAUAAUAUGAAAUUGAAAUCAAAAGAAAACAAAUCUGAGUCAGUGAUGUGAGCAGCUUGUCUCCCAUUUUAAAUUCAGAAGGAUUGAAUUAGAAAAAGAGGUAGAAGCUUGUUGAAUUUCUUUAUUUAUUACUGGCUAUUAUUGUGUUGUCUCAGAUCCUUAAUGUUAUUUCAAAACAGUAUUUUAAUAUUUAAUAUCCUUAUAUCUCUAGAUAAGGAUCUUCCUGCAGACAUAGCUUUCAGGGUACUGAACACUAACUACAACAAAUUCAUACAAGCAUCUUGCACGUGCUCACGCACUCAACUGCGUACAAACUAACAGACAAAAGACAUCUAGAAAUAUUUAGCUUUAGGAAUAUCUUGGAAAUUAUUUCUGUUCUUGAGAAAGGACUUUGAAUUUGAUUUAAUGCUGACAGUACUAUUUAGACUCAAAAUACAUUCAUUUUCCCCCAGUGAAUCAGAGAAAACAUAAAUUUUAUUUCUAGCUGCAAAACAAAGGCUCUGUUUUUAUUUCCUUCUUGUGCAUUUUCUGGCAAGAAUUAUAUUGUCCUUUGUGUGACUCCAGGGCCAAGUUUUAUUUCCUCAUCUGUUCAGUUGUACAGUAAAAGUUAACAGUACCUGAAGAACUGAGAAAUUGUAAAGUCAAUCUAUUUCUAAAAGAUUAGAAGAAACAAUUUGUGUUUUUAUAAUUUGGGGACUUAUUUCUGCAAUGUACAGUAAAGUUUUAAGUUCUCCUGUCAAUUAAUUGAUUAUGAAAGAUUUAAAAUAUUUUAAAAGUUAUUUUCCCCAUAUUUUCAUAACUUUUAAAACCUGAUAUCUCUAAGAAUUGCACCCACACUAGUCAAAUGGGGGAUUUGGGCAAUGAAUUAAAUGGCCUCCAUCACUUGGUGGGGACCCCUGCAGUGGUGGGAGGAAUGGGUGGCCAACUUUUUCCAACUACAGGAGAAGAAUCAUAGUUGCUUUCUUGUGCCAAGGGCUACUUUGUCUCAUUUGAAUUAAUGGAGAUGAUUUUUAAAUAUUUUUCUCUCAAAUUCCAUGCCAAUUUUUAUUGAUGCACUCUCUAAUAACCCUGUAAAGAUUAUUUAGGCCCAUAGUUGCUGUUUUUUUUAAAGGGAAAGGUUAGAUAUGGGUGAAUCACACCUUUCCUGGGGUGUAUGAUUUAAACAUACUUAGUGGAUUAAUGCAACUUUGGACUAAGAGCUACCCAAAUUAGAGGGGGGAAAGACAAAUCAAUCGUUGGAACGGAAUUUACCAGUUUAAUAGCUUGGCACAAAGACAUCCUGACUUUUAUGAUCUAUAUUAUACUUACAAUGUGACUUGAAACAUCCUAUUUGAUGGUUGGUGCUUUUACCCUUCCAUUAACACCAAGUGGGAGAAAUUUUAUUUACUACAGCAUUUUAGAUAAUCACAAGAUGAAAGAAAAUUUUUGUCAUUUCACCUAAUAACAACAAUGGGAUAUAGAGCAUUAAGGACUUCCUUUGGAUACAUUUCCCAUCAAUUAUCUGACUCUUUAAAUACAGGUUUUUAAUCUAUGAAGAUAAUGGCUGACAGAAUUUAAAGGUUUCAUGCAUUCGUCACAGUAGUUUUCAAGUUUUGCAUUUAGAUGAAUAUGCCAAGAGCCCUUUCCUGACCAAUUAUCAAGGUAGAAAGAUUAUAUCAGUUGUCAACAUUGCUUUGACUGAACCUUCUAAGAGUUUCCAUUAUUUACCUCUUUGUCAGAUUAAUUUUCCUAGGUGACUCUUUACUGUGAGUUCUGAAUGAAGAGACUGACUCCUGUAGCAUUUUGUCUGUCCCUUUAUUUACACCAUAGUUGCUUAGUACCCUUAUCAGAAACGGGGCACUUUGCAUGACGUUGAGUUAGCAUGUCUGGACCAUGUUAACAUGUUGGAACUCAUUCUUGGUUUAGUUAUUCUAAAUUUCUGUCUUGAAUUACAAAUAGAUGGAUUUGGCCUCCCUGUUUGUACUGAGAUAUGUCCUAGUACAUUCACAGGUACUUUUCUUUUUUCACUUCAUACUACUCUUUUAUUUUUUUCAUUACUAAGAAAUCAAGACUUUAAAUGAUUGAGAAAAAGGCAUCCUAUUUGCUUCUUAUUUUAAACAGCAUGGCUGUUUUAAACAUCUGGAUGGAAUUAGAGAAACCCAAGUACCUCAGCUCACACCUCUCUUUUUCUCCUCCUCCAGGCAGAGCAAGGAAUGGAUGACUCGGUUAUUCGUGCAAAGUCACACUUAGUCUUUCAAUCCAUUACCCCAAAAUAUUUAUAAAACAGGUUAGGACCAAAGGGCUACUAGGGGAGACCAAGGUCUUAGACAGCUGGUGUGGGAAAGCAAAAGGCCCUCGCUGAUUUCAUAAAAAGAAGUCGCCACUGUCUGUGAGGUGUGGCUCCUCCCCCAUGGCGGUAGUGGAGUUGUCCCCUUGUCUGUCUCUGAAGACCCUCUCCUGGCUGUCACAGAUUGCUCCUUAGAAGCCUUUCCACUGUGAUAAUGGCUUGAAGGAGACAGACGGUUGCACUGAGAGCCACUUAGAAAGGAUAAAUUAUCCUUCUGCAGAUGUUUUAACGGGUGAUUCCCAAUGCUAGUUUCAUGAUCAUGGAAAAGAGUUCCUGCUCAAACUGAAAAAGGAAAGAUGAAAGUAGUCACUAAACGCACGUCCAGAGCUGAAAAUGGGCAGUUUUGAUGAUUGGUGUUUACUUGAACUAAGUGCAACACAUUUUUAUGGGACAGAUACCAUAUCUAAUACUUAAUAAUAACCCCUUCCGUUUGGGGUUUCAUUCAUUCUGCUGUAAUUGGAUUUUCUUAAUAUUCAUUAAAUGACUUUAUUUUACCUUUUUUUUUGUAUUUGUAUUUGUUGCUUAUAGUUUGUGGGAUGGAGCAGAGUGAGAUGAGUUAAGCAAAUUCCUCUAACAAUAAUAACAGUAAUUACAAUAUAAUGUGUGUUGACGACUUACUAUGCUCCAGGCACUUAUAGCAGCUUUACGGAUAUUUACUUAGUCCUCUUAUGGCCAUAGGGGAGAGGCAACAUUGUCUUCCUAGUAUGAAACCUUUAAUUCAUCCUUUUUGUUUGUUUCUAAUCCCUUUCCACCUCUGUCCUGCUCUGUGUCUCUGUCUCUGUUGCUCUCUGUUUCGGUGUCUCUGUCUCUCUUUUUCCUUCCUGGGACAAGGGCUAUAAAUACUUUAGUGUCCUAGGGUAACACAAGAGCUAAGAACUGCUGGAGUCAUUAAACAGUUCACUUUCACCAGGAAAAGCUCACCCAUGUCCACGCAGCUUUACGUCUAAGAUGAUGGUGCUCACAGUCACUCACAGGGAUCCCUGCCACGCUUCGUUAGUGAGUAGGAGAACACGGGCCUUCCUUCAGAGCUGUCUUCUCCUUUCAGGGAUGAACAUGGAAAGUACAGACAGAAAGCUCUUCUGCUGUCGUAGUAAUACUUCUUCCCUGAUAGGAUUUCCGAAUUCCAAGCACGCUUCACUUGUUUGCUUAAGCCCAAUCUAGGCUUGUUCUGGCUGUUGCGUGCUUUUAUUUUAUUUAUUUUUUAAUUAUAGUAAACAUUUAACAUAAGAUCGACCCUAUUAGCAAUUUUUAAGUGUAUAAUACAGUAUUGUUAACUACAGACACAUUGUUGUACAGCAGAUUGUUAGAACUUACUCAUCUUGAUGUAACUGAAACUUUAUCCCUAUUGAUCAGCAACUCCCCCAUUCCUCUUUCCCUCAGUCCCUGGCGACCACCAUUCUACUCUCUGAUCCUAUGGAGUCUGACUAUUUUGAUACCUCAUGUAAAUGGAAUCAUGCAAGCAUUUGUCUUUCUGUGACUGGCUUAUUUCACUGAGUAUCAUGUCUUCCCGCUUUAUCCCUGUUGUCAGAUGCUAGGAUUUCCUUCUUUUUUUGAAAGCCGAAUAAUAUUCCAUUAUAUGUAGAUACCGCAUCCAUUUUGUCAACAUCAUGGCUAUUGUGAAAAAUGCUGGAAUGAACAUAGGAAUGAUAAUAUUUUUUCAAGGUCCUGAUUUCAGUUCUUUUUGUUAAAUAUCCAGAAGUGGGAUCACUGGCUCAUAUGGUCAUUUUAUCUUUGAAUUUCUAAGAACUUUCCAUAGACUUUUCCACAGACGCUGCACCAGUUGACAUUCCCGCCAACAGUAGGGCCACUUUCUCCACAUCUUCACCAACACUUAUCAUCUGGGGUGUUUGUUGAAAUGGUAGCCAAUUGAGUUAUCCUUUGCCUUGAUGCAGUUCUGAAGUCCAGAUAUAAGCACCUGGCUCUUUCAGAAAUAGUGCAUCCUAUGUUCUGUCUGUGGCCAUUGAAUAAUACUGACCUUUAUUUUCUGAUUCAUUAAUUUGCUCAACAAGUAGUCAUUCAGCUCCUCUAAGUCAAUCACCAUGAAAGUAUUUUGUAUUUAAUUCUAAUAACUAGCAUGGGCUGUGUGUUUACUACAGUGCCAGGAGUGGAGCUCUGUGCUGUAUUUUACAUUGCUAUCUUUACUGUUCACAAGAACCAUGUAAAGUAUAUAUUGACUCCAUUCUCCAGAGGAAGAAAAUAAUGUUUGGAAAGGAUAAAAACCAUCUUGACCAAAGUCAUUCAUUUAGUAGGUAAUAGGGGCAGCAUUUGAACCAGAAAUUUAACUCUACAGCUGAUGCUUUAACUGUAAAUAUUUUUUUAGCCAUGAGAAUCAAUUUUUGUAUUACUUGUUUUAAAUAAGAAAUUGAUCAAAGUUUUGAACUGCCAGUGUCAAACAAGAUUUUUAUGAUGGUGCACCUCAUUAAAACAAUGACUACUUUUAGUUAAAAGUGAACUUGGUUUUUAAAAUGUUAGUUGAUGGCCUUUCAAUAAUCCAAAUUACCUACAAGUCUAAAAGGUCUAUCUCAGAGUCUAGCAGACUUUUUUCUCACCAAAAAAUUGGGCCCUAGUCACCAGUUAUUUUUUGAGCUAUAUAUUAACUGGUCUAAAAUCUGAUAGAUACUUUGACAAUAAUAAAACCAGCAAAGUAAUUUCCAUAGUGAAUUCAUCAGGUUGCAACCUGAGUUACGAUGCCUCUCUCUGUAUUUAGGGAAAAUCAGUUUGAAAUUACACUGCUGUCACAACUCAUGAGAUUAUUUUACUGACAUACAAGUUACCUACAUUUGGUCCAAUUUUUUUCUGACUUUUAGAUCUCAAUGAGAUGCAGUUGAAGAAUUCAGCAACAAUGGUUAUUCUAUUGAUUUGAAAACUGGGACGAUUUUUGGAAAUUAUUCAAGAGUUGGAUAGAGUAACUAUGUGACAAGACACAUUUUAAAUAAAAUGCAGCCCGGGUUCCCAUUAUUUGAGGCACAUUAAACUUUCUCAGAUACUUUCAGACCUGGAUCACUUAAUAAACUACAGCAGAAAUACUAAAACUAUCCAGUCAGGUAACAUGGGGCAUGGAGCAGAUACACAGUUAACACUUUCCACUUCAUUUCAUGACCCCAGUUAGCCUGAAGGAAUUAACAAACCUUCUUAAAUACCUACGUGAGAACCAUUUAUUCCUCCUCUAGGCACUUAUUUCUAAAUAAAGGUGGAAAAACUCUAACAAAGACUAUUUAAUAUUUUUAUUGCUUCCAGGAUAAAUUUAAUUAAACACAGAGGAUCGGAUAGUGGUAGAACUAUCAAGAAUAUCAGGGAAAAUGGUGUUGAUGUUAUAAAGCAAAGUAAAUUUGUGUCAUUUUUACUUGUCACCAGCUUCCUAGCAAGCUCACUGUGAACUUCAGGUUUUGCCCAACUUGUUUAUAUGAAGCAUCUCAGUGUAACAGAAGGAAUAGCAGAUUAUUUGAAAAUGGUGACAAAGAGAACCUAAAUGAGAGACCCCAUUUCUAUAAUUAGUUUCCCUGAAAGUCAGGCAUGUCUUUAAGGACAAGCUGUUGGCUGUAUUAUUUUUGUGCACAGGAGGAAAAUUGUUAGUAGGUUUAUAGAUAUUAUUUUUAUAAUAGAAUGUUAAUCCCCUGAAAAACAUCAAAAGUUGUCUCCUAGAACUAACUCUAUGUUUUCAAAACUUGUUUUAAAAAAGGAUUCUAAAUAGCAAUAGGAUCUUUUCUUCCUUCUCCACUCCAGUGGUUUCAUGGGAUAGAUGAAUCAAUGUUUAUAUUUUUAAACCUGUAAAUAUUUUAUUUUGGGUAUUUUGUAUAUUUGUUGAUAUAAUUCCAUUUUGUGCAUAUAUAUAUAUAUAUACCAUUGUGCAUGUUGCUGUUUUUGAUAGUCACUCUUCCAAUGAAUGUAAGAAGCUUGGACUAAUAGCACUUUCCUUGUUUCAUUCAACCAUCUUAAAAUGAAAAUACAAUGCUGCCAUUUUAACUGUUGUGUUUAAUUUUUAACUGUUGUGUUUAAUUCAGUCAAUAAAAUUUGUUGCUCCUUUGCAUUUAAAAA